AUGAAGAGCUUGAUCCUCGGAAUGGCCUCGCUGGGCCUCGCCAGCAGUGUGCUCCUCGCUGAGCAGCCCAUUCCCUUCCGGCGCGGGUGUCAGGUCUCUGACGAUGGCCCCAUCUCUGAUACCUCUGUCCAAUCUACUGGUUUGACGGCUGAUCGCCAAGACUACCCCAGCAACGUCACAGUCGACGUGAACUUCCACAUCGCUAGCACCGAGGCCCAAGCGGAUCUCAUCACUGAUGAGAUUGUCGACGCCCAGUGGAAAGUCCUGCGUGACUCCUUUGCGAAGCACAACAUCAACCUGCGCCUCAACUCAACCGAACGCGUCGUCGACAACCUCACUGGGUCGGGGUUCUUCGUCAACGAGGGGAACGGCUGGGAGAAUCACGAGGACGAGUACAACGCUUACCUGAAGGCCACCCGCAAAGGCGGAUACGACGUCAUGAACCUCUACUUCUACAGCAGCUACGCGCCCGGCGCGACAGGUCGUUGCCAGUUCCCCACAGUCAUCACAGACCCCGGCAGCUUGGAGUUCUACACCGACUCCUGCCAGAUCAGCGCCAUGACCAUGCCAGGCCUCACCGUCGAGCAAGGCGGCUUCGAGUCAUGGAACCAGGGCCAUAUCGCCGUCCACGAGGCCGGUCACUGGUUCGGCCUCAACCAUACCUUCGCCGGUGGCUGCUCUGACAACCCGGGCGACUUUGUUGCGGAUACACCUGCCCAGCGGGUAGAAGCGUAUGACUGCCCUGCCGGCUUGGAUACCUGCCCGGACCUUCCUGGCUUGGAUCCCGUUCACAACUUCAUGGGUUACGCGGCGGACGAUUGCACGAAUGAGUUCACACCUGGUCAGGCAGACCGUAUGUUCUCAACUUUUUUCGGAUGGAGAAGGAAAUAG